AUGAACUCGCUGCUUUUCGGGGAGAUGGCCCGCGCCUUCUCCCCCACCGCCGCCGCCGCCUCCUCCUCGUGCCCGCUGGGCCCCGGCGGCGGCGGCCCCGCGGCGGCCGGGGGGGGCCCGCCGGUGACGGCGGCGCUGCGGAACGACCUGGGCUCCAACAUCCACCUGCUCAAGGGGCUGAACGUGCGGUUCCGCUGCUUCCUGGCCAAGGUGCACGAGCUGGAGCGGCGGAACCGGCUGCUGGAGAAGCAGCUGGCGGCCCAGCAGAGCGAACGCGACCGCCGGCUGCGCUACAAGACCUUCUCCCGGGACCAGGCGGUGCAGACGGACGGCGGGACCCCGCCGCUGGUGCCGCCGCCGGGCCCCGGGCACGGGGCGCUGCCCUCGCCGCCGCACUACGGGCGCCUGCCCGGCACCAUCUGGAGCUACACCCAGGUGCGGCGAACCGGCGGCGGCGGCCUGGAGACCGUGCAGGGCCCCGGCGUGUCCUGGGUGCACCCGGACGGAGUCGGGGUGCAGAUCGACACCAUCACCCCCGAGAUCCGCGCCCUCUACAACGUGCUGGCCAAAGUCAAGCGGGAGCGCGACGAGUACAAGAGGAAGUGGGAAGAGGAGCUGACGAGAAGGAUGAGCCUGGAAUCCAUGGUGGAAACCUUGCGAGAGGAGGCGCAGGAAGCAGAAGCUCUCCAGGAGGAGCUGAAUGAGAAGAUCGAGAGGCUGAAAGCAGAGCUGGUGGUCUUUAAGGGUCUGAUGAGUGAUCCCAUGACAGACCUGGACACAAAGAUCCAAGAAAAGGCCAUGAAGGUGGACAUGGACAUCUGCCGCCGAAUCGAUAUCACGGCCAAGCUGUGCGAUGUCGCGCAGCAGCGCAACUCGGAAGACGUUUCCAAGAUUUUCCAGGUGGCUUCCAAGAAGAAGGAGCGGAAGCUGGCGUCGGACGAGGAGCUGUCGGAGCAGGACGCGGACAACGGGAGGUUCUCGGAUGACGAGGUCAGCUGCUCCCUGAACAUCACGGAUGAGAUGAAGAGGAUGUUCAACCAGCUCCGGGAGACGUUUGAUUUUGAUGACGACUGCGACAGUUUAACUUGGGAGGAGAACGAGGAAACGCUGCUGCUUUGGGAAGACUUCACCAACUGCAAUCCCUCCAUUGACCUCCAAGGAGAGGAAGAAAACCUGGGAAACUUGAUCCACGAAACAGAGUCUUUCUUCAAAACGAGAGACAAGGAAUACCAGGAGACAAUAGGACAGAUAGAGCUGGAACUGGCCACGGCCAAGAGCGACAUGAACCGGCACCUGCACGAGUACAUGGAGAUGUGCAGCAUGAAACGGGGCCUGGACGUGCAGAUGGAAACCUGCCGGAGGCUCAUCAAGGGCUCAGCUGACAGGAAUUCUCCAUCCCCCAGCUCCGUAGCCAGCAGCGACUCAGGAAACACAGACGAAAUUCAGGACGAUUUGGACAGAGAGACGGAUGUGGAGCCCAUGGUCAGCUGAUAGGAAGUGGGAGCGUGCCGGAGAAGGGGAAGACGGAGAGAAAAGAUUCCAAACCAAUUACUGGGGGAAAGGUGAAAGACUCGAGAGCCCCUGCAGAGGGGCUCUGAGGACUCAUUCCUACACGCAUCCCCUCCCACCCAAGGAUUGGUGCUGUACAUUUCUAUUGUUCUACAAACCAUAAAUGCAGAGUCCUGUAGGAAAACACGGUGUUUUAAUUGUGCCUUUGCCCCAAGCUGAGCCACUUUGAGCUCCAGUGGAAUAUUAAUAGCAGGUGUUUUUAUAAAAUACAUUAUUUAAGAAAACAAAACAACCAAAGCUGGUGGCAGCAGAGGAUGGUGCUGCAGAGGCUCUGGGUACUUCAAUGAGCUGCUGGUUUUAUUGAGCUGCUGCACUGAUUGGCAAGAGCAACACUGGCAAAAAGAGCAGCGAAACCAAGACAGUUGUGGUGCAAUUACCGAUGUCUGGCACAAAAAAAAAAAAAAAAUUGCCUCCAAAUUGAAUUGCAAAAGUUUAAAAAUGACAGCAGGUUUGGAGACAGCUCGUAGGGCGAAGCAGUUGUCCGAAAUUCGGAGGGUUUUCUUCAUCCCACCCUUUGGGGUGAGGGAGCCUUUGGGAUGUGUCCAAGGUUUCUGCUGGACUCCAGGACCUGGAGGAGCGGCACUCAGCUCGGUGGCAAA